UUUCAACUUUAAUUCACUCCAACACUCGUUUUUCCGGCGAACAUAAUUCAACCGGCCUCCGGCAGCACUCGUCGGAAAUACGAAACUGGCAAACUCAGAGUCGUCGUCGGAGCAGAACGAGAUCAGCGUUGCGAUAGUGACGGCACUUUACGAGGCGUUGAGUUCCAAAGACGUGGAGACGGUGCACCGCCUUCUGGCGCCGGACCUGGAGUGGUGGUUCCAUGGUCCACCGUCGCACCAGUACUUGAUGCGUCUCCUCACCGGCGUCUCCUCCUCUUCCUUCGUCUUCACACCCAUCUCCAUCGUCGCAUUUGGGCCCACCGUCCUCGCUGAAGGCUACAACACGAAACGCGCCGUUUCAUGGGUCCAUGCCUGGACCAUUACUGAUGGGGUUAUAACACAUGUCAAGGAGUAUCUUAACACUUCUGUUACUGUCAAGCGUUUCGUCACCGCCGCUGAUGAGGAGUCGCCGUCGUCAUCUCCGCCGUAUGCGGAGGCGGAUACCCUGAUGACGACUAACUGCCAGAGUGUGUGGCAGAGCAAGGUGUGCGGCGAGUCGGUCCCUGGUCUUGUUUUGGCACUUCAGAUGCAUAUGUUGUGAACCAUGUAAAUUUGUCUGUCUCAACUCCAACAACCUGCGCUGGUUUAGUACUCCUACGUUAAUUUAUAAAAUAAAA